AUGGGAGCUGGUGACCGUGACCUCAAGAGGAAAGAAGCGAGCGUGUCGGAGAGGAAAGAGGCGAACGUGUUGGAGACGGAGAGCGGUGACGACAACCUCAAGAAGAUCCAGGCGAUGCCUCUUUUGGCGACUAAGCCGGCCACGGCCGGGGCCGGGAAGAAGAGGAAGAAGCUUGUCAAGACAAGACUACCGCAGGAGCUCGUCGACGAAAUCAUGACGAGGCCCGUGACGCCCUUCCCGGUGAUCCCUGAUGAGUUGGUGGCCGAGUUCUCUGAGGAGUGCCGAGCAGCCUUUGCAAUGCAGAAAGCUGACAUUGAGGAGCUGAUGGCCGUCGACGCCGACAUCAUCAGGCAGUACAAAGACAACGGCUGCGCGGAGGUGGAAGAGGAGGUCACCGACAAUGAGGAGGGGAAGGUGGAGGAUUAG